ACCAGAUAGGUCGCACCGCCGCCGCUGCUGCUGUGCUGUCUCCGUGUGUGUGCAGCCCUUCACACGGUUUGGUCGAUCCGUGCAGACAGCGGAGCUUGUCGUCUGGAGAGACGGACACCGAGACAGGUAGCUCAGUUCGGGUAUGAAACAUGGAGCUCUCGGCGGCGGGAGAUCGCAUUUUCGCCGCGGAAGCCAUACUUAAACGCCGCGUCCGUAAGGGAAGGCUCGAAUACCUGGUGAAAUGGAAAGGAUGGGCGAUGAAGCACAGCACUUGGGAGCCGGAGGAGAACAUCCUGGAUGACAGGCUGAUUUUGGGGUUUGAGCAAAAAGAGCGGGAAAGAGAGUUGCACGGGCCAAAGAAAAGGGGACCAAAACCCAAGAACCUUGUAAUGAAGGCUCGCGGUCAGAAAGGAGAGAGCGGCAGCCGAGCCUCAAACACCCGCCAGACCACUUCACGUCCUACUUCGUCCACUUCUAACCGGGCAGCUUCCUCCUCCUCCUCCUCUGCCUCAGCGCAUCUUUUACCGUCGUCCUCCAGCUCGGCUGUCGCACCUUCCCCUAAACUUAACUCCCUUGCGGCCACACACAAACUGAAGAAAGACAUUCACCGCUGCCACCGGAUGUCCCGGCGCCCUCUGCCUCGCACAGACCCCAUGGCGACCACCUUCUCCAACCCAGGUGGCUUCCCGUCCCGCAUGCACGUUUCUCCCUUCUCUGAAACCGUCCGCAUCCUUAACCGUAGGGUGAAACCCCGGGAAGUCAAGAGAGGCCGAAUCAUCCUCAAUCUGAAGGUCAUCGACAAAGCGGGCCGAGGUGGCUCAGCGGCGGGGAGUCGGAAUAUUUCGGCAGGACGUCAGAGCAUCCCAUCCCGCAAUCGCAUCAUUGGGAAGAAGAGGGAAGCCCCAUAUAGACCUUUCCAGCCUCCUCUGAAGAUGCUGGGGUUCCCGAUGUACGGGAAGCCAUUCGGGCUGCAGUGUGGAGGACCUGUGCCUUUUCACUCCCACCCAGGCUCAUGCUCCAGCACAGGAGCUAGGGAAAGCCGCACCAGCCCUUCUCAGUACCAGGCACCUCCUUCUCCUUCCAGCUCCAGUGGGUCUGAAGGAAAAUCUCCCACCAAUGCUACAGCUGCCCAGUCUCAGCCUUCCACUGGGGCCUCGCCGUCUAGCAAGGAUCCCAAGUCCAGCAAACCUCACGCAGACACUCAGAAGAGCCAGAGCACCAAGUCCUCCACCCCUGCCCCGUCCUCAGAUGCAAACCAGGCUGCAUCAUCAUCCCCCUUCCUCCCCUCCUCUCCCUCUUCCUCCCUGGAAGACGAAGAGGACGAGGGCACCCCGGACCGUACGGUGCCCUCGGAGGAAGGCAGGAAAAAUCCUCGCCAGCGCAGAGCUAAACACCAGUUGCCCAUCGUGCUUCCCCCUGCCGCUCCCGGGGACCAAACCUCUACCCCCACCGAACCCCAAAGGGUGCCCGCUGAGGGAGACCCCGACUGGCACCCUGAAAUGGCUCCGAGCUGCAAGGAUGUAGUGGUCACAGAUGUGACCACCAACCUAGUCACCGUCACCAUAAAAGAGUUCCCAUCCCCUGCUUCCUGCCCCGCUUCACCUUCUGCUAGCCCCGAAAAUGCCUCGUCCCCCCCUCCCGUCGCCGCCUCCGACGACCCCUCCCCAGCGAAGCCAUAGGAGGACGGACAUUAUGAAGUCAAAUGCCAUUGAAGAAAGGAAAAAAAAAAAAGUGUCAUGCCACUUCAACUCUCUUCUACCUUUACCUUGAAGGGUAUGUCCAUAUUUGUGUAAUGAGUAAUGAAAUAUAACCCAACACCGCCCUGUCGUUGAAUAGUUUAAAAAAAAAUGGACAUAUUUUUUUUAGAAGAAUUAUAUAAAUUUGAGAUGGGGCAGCUAAUACGCCCUUCUUGGCAUUUCAGUUGCCAUAUUUUGUCUCCUUGCACAACACUGACUGUUUGGCUUGGAUGGAAAUGGUGGUAAUUCUUUCACUUGCUUCAUGCUGAGUUUAACUUGUUUGGUACAAUGUAACAUUGUCCUGAAAGUGGAACUGUUGCCCGUUUAGUGUGCAGGUUGAACUUUUAGAAGGCAUACUCGGCCUGUGUGGAAGAAACAUAAUAUUUAGAUGUGAGCUCUGCUCUGGAGGCUGUUGUCAGCAGCCUGCAGGUGUCCUGACCUGUUAGUCUCGUUGGAAGUUCAACUCAGUGAACUUAACACAGCUGGAUUCGGAUAUUGCAUCAAUGCAAUAGCGAGGUAAAUGCACUUGACUGCAUCAUUUAAAAACCAACCUAUUCUGUGUGGUUUAUCAGUUUUUCCAAAGCCUUCUCCUCUUGCUCUCUUGAAUGCACAUGCAUAUACAUAUAAGUAUUUAUAUGCACGCACAACCAUAAAGGCUGCAAAAGAAUAUGAAAUUCAGUAAUUUUUUUAAGUUAUUGCUGCCAUUUGCAGUCUCUUACGUAUUUGCCUUGUUUUUCGCUCGGAUCCCGCCACCUACUUCGACUCCGUAACGUCCACCAAGACCCUAAACUGGUCUGCAGUGAAUUAUAACAGUUUCUCUGAAUGCCGUAAUCGCAAAAAUUAACUUCUCAAACUGUCCAGGUCUAGAAGGUCCAUGAGCUGAACACAGUUCAGACUGAAGCCGUCGACAAAAUGCAGCUAAAAAUAGAAGUUGACUCCGCGGCAGGUGUUUCAAAUCUGUGGAACAUGAAUCCAGGCAGCUGUGGCUUGUACAAUGUAGCGACUGUUAAGUUUUGUCUAUUUAUCUUCCACUUUUGACUGGUUAAAAGCUGUUUCCCAUGCUUUUCGUCCUGUGGAUGUUGCCAGUUUGUCCUUUUAUGCUUCGUAACUGUUCUUUAUUAGUAUGUGCUCUGGUAGUAAUGUCAAUAGAAGUGCUUUAUUCUUGCUACCCAUAGGGCAUGCGUGUGUCUUUCCACUGAUGCAGAGCCGGUGCGAAGCCACUUCCAACUUGGGUGCCUUACGACGACAAGCCUACAUUUCCACAGAUUCAUAACCGAACAUUACGUGGGGUUAUGUAGCAAAGGCUGGGGUGAUUUACAUGGGAAGGAGAAUCUGUAUUUGGUGAAUUUCUUGAGAGACAACAGUGGUUACAACUUUUGGCGCAGUCAGUUUUGUGAAGCUGCUGAAUGUCGGCUGUUUGGAACCAGCAUUGAUAUUUUCUUGUAGUGGAAAUGCAUGAAACUGGUUCUACAGGGGGCACCUGCACUACUGUAGUGGAAAAGGGUUAAUCUAGGCCUAUAUCCAUCAGACUCUAGUCAUCAUGAUGAGAAGUAAGACAACUUUGCCUCUUGCUCCUGUUGUACCAAGAUUUGUUUUGCUAUAACUGAGGCUCAACAUGUCUUUUAAGUCCUGGCUUUAGACUUAGUUGAGCUUAUUGUCAGCUAAAUGUAAACCGUGCUCUUGGACACAUGUAGAGGAACAGUGAGGACCAAGGAUACCUCGAUGUUCCAGUCUAAACAGGACACUGCGUUUUUACUUCCUAAAUGAAGUGCCGUUUUGUCUGUUUCCUGCCUUGUUGCUUUUACCUGUUUAUGAAGGAUAAAACCUUUGGACCGCUGUUUAAUAACUGGAGAGGAUGCUGGCACAGUUGUCUUCCCCUUUUCAGACACAUCAGACGGGCUGUCUUUCAGUAGGAUCACAGUACAGUUGGUGUGUCGGGGAGCUGGAUGGUUAGAAAAGCUGCUUGAUCUCUAACGGUUUGAUCCAGCGCCCUUGUGUUCUUGGCUGUAAACCUUUUGCCGUGUACGUUAACCGGAGGUUGUUUCCAGCUAAAUCCCUCAAGCUUGAAAUUGAUCAAAGUUUCUGACCUUACCUUCAAACGCGUCAGCCGUACUUUAAAGAAACCUUUACAGACCCCUUUAUACACAGAUUCUUUUUUUCCCCCUGCUCUUUCUAGACCUUCCCAGACUCUUCGGCUCUCAACUCCGCUCUAUCUACAGUAUGUGUUAGAAUAUAUUAAAAGCUUCCGCAUGCGUUGCCUUAGAGCUCACCGUCGGCUGCACUCGAGGCAACUGUAACCUCAUCACACUUGGCUCUUAUCAAAGAGAACGGCUGAAAAUGUCAUUAAAUCUCGACUUUAGCUCGGUGACUUUAAGGGUCGCAGACUGUAAUAAGUUUUUAACAGUUUUCUGUCGUCUUCUUUUCCAGAAGUUGCGAGUACCGCUUUUUCCGUGUCUUUUAACAGGCGAAGGCGACGUUCCUGUCAUAUACUGAAUGGUUCUAGUUGUUGUCAAUGCUGUUUCAGUACUCUCUCAUAGGUUACACUUGGAAGGAUUUAUUCCAAAAUGACACAUCCAUUAAUAUGAAGAAAAAGAGAAAAAACGGUCUGUAAUUCAAAUUUGAAUCAAUGUCUGUUAAUAAUGACACUACUUAAAUCCUUAUUUGACACAGUAAAAACAGAGUGGUCCUAUUUUUUCUAGAAUUAUUUUCUUCUCAAAUGGAUAUAUUGUAAUUUGGAAUAGAUUUUUUCAUCUACUCUAUAAUAUGUUUAAGUGGUGGAUAGAAGUGACUCUUGCAGUUGGUAGAUUUGUAAGGUAUUAGACUGCUAAGUGAUGUUUUAAAUUUUUUGCUUAUUCUUUGUCAUACGGAGUAGCACAACUCAAUAUAGUGGCCUCUCUUUCAACCAAAUAGGGCUCUUGAUUUUUAUAAUUUCCGAUUUUUAAAGCUUUUCUUUCCCCCCCUUUUAAAUAGUUUUCUAUGUGAUCUAAGUGCUAGAUUCAUGUUGGCACUAAUUAGAAGAAAAAGAAGGAUCCUUGUUUAAACGUAUGAAAUGUGAUGCUUAACGAAAUGGAAACGAGCAUUAUUUUGUUGUUUGUACUGUAAUUAAGUACUUUUUUUGAAAUAUGCAUAACAUUGUCAAUGUGAUGAUGUUUAUUUGAAUGCCAUUUUCUUUUGGCUUUUUUAGUAGUCCAAGAUGGGUUUGAUCAGAAGGACUCUCACUGAUUUUUACAUGUCAAGACUGCAGUUUUGUCUGGUUUUAUGCUAAUAUGAAUUAUGUACAUUGUAUUGAUGCUAAAGAGGAGGAGUUGGAGGCUGACAUUGUAAUGUAUCUGAACUUCAGAAGCAUGUUUUACAAACCCUUAUUGUACAGAUUAUGUAUUCAGUGUCACGUUACCUGUUACUGUUGUUGCUUUCUGUGUGUUUCUCGU